GCGGAGCGGAGCGGGCGUCGUCGGGCGUCGCUACGCGUUCGUCCUCUCGCGGCUCAUGUGCCCGCGAGCCGCGGCGACGGAGUGCGCGCGUGACGGGAGGUGGUUGACGUUAUCGUCGUCUACGUCGUUAUUUCGAGCGGCGGUUAUUUCUCGGACGAGUAUAGUGCGGCGCGCGGUCGGGAUCAAUUCUCGUUACUUGGAGCGGAGUGAUCCCGCGCGAGAGCGAGAGGGUGGGAGAUAAGUAGUGGACAAAGCGGACGAUCAAGCGCGAGGAUAGUCGCGAUAGCGAGUUUAAGCGAGAGAGAUAAGAGCCCCGGGGGAGAUAUACGUGCCGCGAGACAAACAGUGGAUGUGAAGUGAUAAAUCGCCGAGCGACGACACAGUGGACGAUUGCGAACACCUCCCUGCCCCCCGUGAGCGUCGGCAUCGCUCAUCACCACCGCCAUCGUUAUCAAACAGCGGGAGAGUUCCUCGACGCCGACACGACGUUUCACGCCGGCAGGAUGAUGGGCAAACGGACGCAGUGCUAUCUGUGCGAUCUGCCCAGGAUGCCGUGGGCGAUGAUAAUGGAUUACGCGGAGCCGGUGUGCCGCGGCUGCGUGAAUUACGAGGGCGCCGACCGGAUCGACCACGUCCUCGAGACGGCGAAGCAGCUGAAGAAGGCGCACGGCUUCCAGGACGCCCGGUCGUCCGCCGCGUCCAAGACGUAUCGGACGAGCGCGGGCCACACCGAGCACAACGGCGGGACUAAUCUCGACGUCCUGCCGAUUCAGAACACGCCGCAGGGCAGCCACACGCGCCACCACAACAUCGCCAGCUACUCGCAGCUGCACCACCGUAACUCGAUCACCGAGUUCACGUCGGGCACGGCGGCCGCGGCCGCCGCCAGGCAGCAGCAGCAGGUCGGCCGCCAGCACGGCGACGAGGGCCACGAGAUCGCCAACAGCAUCCGUAGCAAUCCCCCGCGUCUGUCGAGCGCCCAUCUCGCGGCGGUCGCCGCGCACCAGAUGACCCUCCACACGCGCGGCAUCACCCAGCUCAAGCGCGGCAUCUCGGCGAUCGACGAGGACGAGCACAGCGACAAGCGGCUCUCCCUCGAGGAGCAGCAUCCGGUCAGGCCGCCGCUCACCCGCGGCGACUCCCUGCCCGCGGUCAGCCUCGCCGUCAGCUACGUGCAGGACAGGAACAAGGAGAAGCAUCCGGUGAGGGCGCCCAGCUUCGAGACGGCGACCACCUUCAAGGCCAACGGAGCAUAUGUUGGGCCGUCCAUACCGUUGGCACCGACCAACGUCGCGGCCAAUGGUGGAGGAUCGCCUCUUCGUCCAAGAACGAGUCCUCCACCGCCGCCGCCGCCGAGUCAGGAAGGCGCCAACGACAAUUCGCAAUCGAAUCAUCAUCAGGGCACGGCGAACGGUCCGUCACCGAUGGCCGCCCUAAUGUCAGUCGCUGACAAUCUGACAUCGCCUGAGCCGGUGCCACAGCCACCGAACAAUCCCAGUCCUACUAGCAGAAGUCCGCCGACCACGGCUGCGAACGCUCAGCAACGCAGUGCUUCUAGAGGCUCCCAGCACAGCCCGAACAGUUCAGGCUCCUCGGGCAGACGGUCCAGUAGUUCAAGGCAGGUGUCAUCGACAACCGUGACGACGUCCUCGGAAGGUGCGGUCGCUCAAGCUGCCGGUGCUGAACCAGUCACGGCGCCGACCCUCAAGUGUACGCUAUGCCAGGAACGCCUGGAGGACACACACUUUGUGCAGUGUCCCAGCGUACCGCACCACAAGUUCUGCUUCCCGUGCAGUCGGGACAGCAUAAAGAGACAGGGUGCUGGCUCGGAGGUUUAUUGUCCGAGCGGUGAGAAAUGCCCGCUGGCGAACAGUCAGGUACCGUGGGCCUUCAUGCAGGGUGAGAUAGCUACCAUCCUGGGCGAGGAUACCACGGGCACCGGGCUCAAAGUCAAGAAGGAGAGAGAAACUUAAAAACCCUCUUUCAAUGUCGAAUCAGGGCUCAAAUUUUCUGUCCCUCUUUGUAUAGAGGGGCUGUUAUAUGGUUGGAACCGUGAAGGGUUUCACCGAGCGCUUUUGGUAACGGUGAUAAAGACUCGUUGGCGACACGCGGGAGAGCCAACGAACGACUCGAGCCAAAGACGUUGUCUGGUACGAUACGGAUUCUCACGAAGUUGUUGACGUCAAUGAUAAGGGGGGGGGUUAUGAAAGGGGAGGGCAAAGAAAAGGGUGGGUAGGGUUGGGGGAGGGAAAGUGGACGAUUUGAUUUUAUUCGAAGCCGACGGGUAAUGACGCGUUUUGAUAAUGUGAUCGAUGUCGUACGGUAUUUUAUCUUUUGUGACCGGUUUUGAGAAGAAGUCUUUGGCAAAUUGUAUACUGGCGGUCGAUUGUUCUGCUACAUACAUGUACAUACGGAUUUCGUAGAGAGCGGUUGAUUAACACGACGGAAGCAGCGCAUUAUUUUUCGCGGGUUAGAGGAGCAGUGCGCGACGUUGAAAAUCGCGACGGCAUUUGAUGAUGCUGAUAAUUUGUUGCCCGGUUGGGUUUGUACUUAGGCUUGAUGCCUUUCUUCAUUGUCUCUUGUAUCGCGGGCAUAAUUGCUUGCGUUCUUUUACAACACACACAUACACGCACACAGACACACGCAUAGACACUACAGACAUACAUAUACAUGCAACACACAGACGCAUCAUGUACACAAAAUACCAGAACACGUUUCACGCACACCUCGAAACGGAAACAUUGACUUGGUAUCGCGAAACGCACGCGAUCGCAUUGUACUUUAUUUUUUUUUUUCGCCCAAUCGAAUGAUUGGAACUCGUGGAUUUAAUUAAUGACUAACGCGAGAGACAAGUAUCCGUCUCCGCGGUUAUCGCCGCCCCUUUUUCUAUUCUUUCGUUUGUAUACUCUUUCUACCUAUACUCUUCGCUCGUUGUAUUAUAUAAUAAACAUAUGACGGAAAUUCGGACCCAGCGCACGGGUUUUCUGUACAUUGUGUAUAUGUGUAUAUACCUAUAUUAUUAAUAAAGCGUAUAACUAAACGAAUUUUUAACGUUUUUUAAGUGUACAAAAAGUGAUCUAUAUUCGUUUUUGCGUUUUGUCUUAUUAAAUUAUUAUUAUCCUCUGUCUCUUUUUUCUUUCGUCUCUUUUUUUCUCUUUUCGUUCUUGCGAAGUUGUAUGUCGUCGUCUCUUAAAAGGCGCUCUUUGGCGUGGUAGAGACCUCGCGAGGGCACACGUUGCGUUUUACUCGCACUCCUUACAAUCGCGCUCGUCUGGUCUUCGGGGGGGGGGGGGGGGUAACAAGAAAAAAAAAGUAGAAGAGUCACGUGAGACACGUGAGCACAUCGCGCCAUCCAGUCACAUCCGUAAAGCGGAUUAUGUAAUAUGAUAAUGUCCGACUGUACAACGUCCACUUUCGCCUUUAGUUUAUGCGCUAGACAUUAAGUCGAGGGCCUUUUGGUUUUUCAUUUUCACCGAUGAAAAAGGCACGCCCGUCAAAAUAGGAACCACAUACUCGCUAUGUCUAAACGAUAAAAAAAAAACAGAGUGAAGAGGGAGAAAAGUCAGGCAGAGGCACUCGCUGGACGCGCCCGAGGGGGAAUCCUUUCCCGCGCGACGAUCGAGCGGAUCUUCUCGCGGGAAGGGGUGUCCGUUUUUUUUCUUAGGCACGCGCGCGCGCGGGCGGCUCCUUUUGUAUAUAUUUGUACAAAACAGAUCGGCACACACGUACACGUACAGACACAUACACAUACCAUAAGCGAAAGGGGAGCGGUUGUCGGAAGUUGUCGCGGGGGAACGAGCGCUUCGGAAAAAUAGAAGAUUAAAAGGAAAAGAGAGAGACCAUUUUUUUUGUGUCGCGCCUCGUGCCGCGGACGGAUUUCACCGAGGCUCGAGAUAUCCUCCGCCUUCUCGUCGACGGUACGCUUCCUCGAUUUAGCGGCGACGAGUGAUAUUUCGAAGCUACGUCUCGCGCGAAGCGGCGUCUCUGCUUAAAGUGCGUCUAAAUUUGUAAUGUUAUUAAGCCGUUAAAGUUACCAGUGUGAUGAUACCAAUAUAUGUUACGAUCGCGCAUUCGCGGUCGUGAUUCGAUUGCUCAUGUAAUUAAAACUGACGGGUAAAAAGAAGUAAAAAAAUCGAGAGACACGGAUGCGUUGUGUCCACUUAUCGGCGAAAGUUUUAAAGCGAUUAUUAUAUCACACAGAUUGUUAAAUAUAUUUUAUUCCUUUCUUUCAGUACCGAGCGCGAGAAGGGCGUGUAUCCCGUGAGAUGUGCGUCUCUCGCACCUAAUGCCGAUCAAUUAGACACAAAAUAUAUUGAACAACUGCAUGUACGCAUGAAUAUUGUCGAUAAGCAUGCGUGCGCUCUCCCUAAGUUUUCCUUGCAUAUUACGUUGAUCUUCCUGUGACGCAUACGCGCUAACAUUGUAAGUCUAGACGCGCUUAAGCGUCGCGCAACAACUGACGACGUAGACGUCGAGGGGAGCGCUCGAUAGCAAUACUUUUUACAACUGUAACGCGGCCCUCGCCGUCGAGUUCCGGCCGAGGGGGUAGCUCUCCCGUGGAGACAACCCUUGACUUGGCCAGAACCCGGCGGUGGCGGGUCGCGAUCUUUCUCACGCAUAACAUCUGUUCUCUCGCGCGCGCGAUAACCCGCGAGCUCGCGCUCUCCUUUUAACGUAUUAAAUCCGUAAUGAAUCCUUGUACCGGAGUAAACGGAGAGAGAUCCUCUCUCGACAACGGGGGCUUGGUCGUCGCGUGCCGUAUCAUUCUCCACGUCCGAUCAUACUUUCCGUAUAUGUAUAUCCGUUGUAUCUCUCUCUCUCUUUCUAUCUUUCUCUCUCUUGGAUAAUAAUUCCGCAGCAGGAUCUCGUUUCUCAAGACGGUGCUUUGUCGUACGAAACUCCGCGAUACGAAUUAAUUGGUAAUUAUCGAGAUUGCUUGACGUUAUCCCUCCAUCUGUCUCCGUUGCUGUCGUCGAUGUCAUUAUUAACGGUCGACCGGGGAUGAGCGGGGAAUUGGGGCGCGCAGGGAACAAGGAGGUUGCGGAGCGUCGCGACGACGCUCGGGAUUACGUUGAGAUAAUCGCGCAACUCCGCUCGCUUUCCAUCCGAUUGUCAAUUGUCGACGACGACGACGACGACCAAGCCGCCCAAAGUCGCCACGUUCGGCUUUUCUCUCUUCGAUGAGGCGCGCACGGAGGGACGCGCGAUAGUCCUUCCCCGAUCGAAGGCGAAAGAACUCUUACGCUCGUAUCGUGAUUCGUUCCGUUUGUCUCCUAUCGUCCUUCUUUCUGUUUUUCCCCCCUUUUUUUCCUUUCUUCUUGAACGAUUCUCGUAUAGCUAACGCAGAUACACGAAGAAGUCGAAGAGAUAUGACGAAACAAUAUGUCGAAUAGCAAUUGUAGUAGUGGAUAAUGAAAAUUUUCUAGUAUACCAUACCUCGAGGAACGCGUAACAUUGUACUGUUUAUCGUAUGUAUGCAACAAGCAAAAACAAAAUAUAUGUGUUGAUGUGAA